CUCUCGGGGCAGCGUAAUUCUGUGUGCGUGACUCUGCCGACGAUACGGGCCCAGUUUAGCAGCGUCGGAAACAAGAGAAUGGCGUCGAAUAAUCUGAGCGCUAUUCUCCACGGCAAGAAUGAUCUUCGUCUUGAGCAGAGGCCGAUCCCAGAACCCGGAGAAAACGAGGUGCUGCUGCGUAUGGCCUGCGUCGGCAUCUGCGGCUCCGACGUCCACUACCUGACACACGGCAAGAUCGGCGACAACGCGGUCGAGGUGCCCAUGACCAUCGGCCACGAAGCUUCAGGGGUCGUCGCCAAAGUGGGGCCCGGAGUAAAGCAUCUCAAAGUGGGUGACCGCGUCGCCAUAGAGCCUGGUGUUCCGUGCCGUAAAUGCGACUUCUGUAAACAAGGCACCUACCACCUGUGUCCGGACAUCUUCUUCUGUGGUACUCCGCCUCAUAACGGAAAUCUCUCUCAGUACUACAAACACGCAGCUGAUUUCUGUUACAAGCUUCCAGACCACGUGUCUCUGGAGGAAGGCGCCCUGCUGGAGCCGCUGUCGGUGGGAGUGCACGCUUGUCGCAGGGCCGGAGUAACACUCGGCUCCACGGUCCUCAUCCUGGGAGCAGGGCCCAUCGGACUCGUCACUCUCAUAGCAGCCAAGGCAAUGGGAGCGGCGAAGGUACUCAUAACAGAUGUAAAUUCUCAUCGCCUGGAAGUAUCUAAGAAGUUUGGUGCUGACUACACAUUGCGGGUGUCUAAGGGUAUAGACGAGAAGCAGGUGGCCAACGAAAUACGAGCUAUUUUGGGAGUGGCUCCUGACAUCAGCAUUGAUUGCUGCGGCAUGGAGUCCACUGUGGUUCUUGGACUGCAGGCGACGCGACAAAAUGGCGUCGUGGUGGUCGUGGGGUUGGCGGAGACGCACGCCCGCAUACCACUCAGGCCUCUCUUCUACGAGAUCGACUUACGUGGCAUCUUCCGCUACUGCAACGAAUAUCCCAUGGCCUUAGAACUUGUCGCAUCGGGGAAAACAAAUGUCAAAGGUCUGAUUACACAUAACUUCAGCAUGAAGGACACCUUGAAAGCCUUCUCAACUGCCGUUUCUGGGGAAGGAAAUCCUAUCAAAAUCAUGAUUCAUUGCAACAAAGAUUAGAACAAAACCUCAGCAUUCAAAGUCUACAAUCUAAUUUUAAGGAAAACGUAAUAUUACUUACGAACAUUAAACAUUAUGAGUUACUGACCUUAAGAGUUCGACAUGUACUGCAUCGUCAUUUGUGAUUACAGUUUUUGAUUCCAUGAAUAUCGUGUCGUGCAGUUGAAGAUGUUUUCUGAUUACUUACAAUUUGCAGUGUUACUUCCCUAAUGCGGGGUAACAUCUAAUGGAACAAACGCCGCUGAAUCCAAGAGGAUUUUAAAGGAUAAGCUAGCCUUAAUGUCCCAUUAAAUGAUGUAAUGUUCUACGUUCGCAGAUACCAGCUUCUGUAUCCAUAUUAGACAGAUGCAUGUACUGGAUACAGAACACUGGGUUUGUGAAUGACCGAUGAUGCGUCAUUUGACAGAAAUAUGUAACGCCGUUGUACGUUGAUUAUCUCACUCUCCUGUGUGGUUCAUGACAUACUGAGAAACGGAAGCUUGCAACGUAUUUUUUUGUGGUGUUCCAUUAUAAUAUCAACAGAUUCAGAUUAGCUAAUUCCAAAUGAAAUAAAGUAUUUGUUACAAAUAAAAAGCGGCUUGAUGCAAGAACAACUUCUUUGGCGAUUGAAAUAAACACUUCUGACAAUAGUUUGAAGUUGUCUGUCGAGACAAUCAGCUGAGUUUCUCUGUUAAAUCAAAUAUCAGACAAAACGGGGAUAUUAAUCACACAAGAAUUUGAAAUUUACAGCAUCAAUGAUAAAAUAACCUAUUCCAGGAGAAAACAGCAAGAACAGGCAAACAGGACGGUAAAAGAGUACCAAAAAUAGUUUGUCAGAACAUGCCAACUGGUGAAAGAGGGUUCCAAAUCGCGUACACAAGGUUCACAACAGUCACAGAGACGGAUCUUCUAACGCUUAGACCACACGAUCAGACAAAAGAACGCUCUAAUUUUAGUAGUGUUCCAUAUUUAGGUGCACUAUCCGAAAAAAAUAGGCACGAGACCUAACAAACAUCGUUCCAGCAUAUUUUACUUCCUCCGAUCUAGGUAGAAAACUCAAACGUAAGGAAAAAAAACUGUGAUAAAUGGGUGUAAUGAUCUGGGUGUAUACUGCAUUGUAUGCAAUUAUUGUGUGUGUAAGACAAACGGAUGGUAGUUUCGCAACAGAUUUUAAGGACACCGCAGCUUAAAUAGCUCCCAAUCUGCAUUAACGACGCACUCAAGAGAAGCGGGGCACAGCGUCACAAGCCCUUCAGAAAAGUUAAC